AUGGUUUCAGAAGGCAAACACGUCAGAUUUAAUAUCUCUGAUUCUAUAAAUCCUUCGUCAAGGAACACUUCUACAGUCGACGUUGACAAAGAAAGCCGAAAAUUAUUUGUUGAAAAAUUUUAUAUUUCUAAAUUUACAAAGCGCGGUGGCAGUAACCUUUCAAUCAGCCAAACAUUUCCAAUUCAACAUCGCACAUCAUCGUCGUCGUUAUUAUCACCAACAGUACGGGCAUCGUCAUCGUCAGAAUCGUCAACCGCCGCAGCAAUGGACUACUAUACGUUCGAACCGCGGAUUUCGCGUUCCAAGAGUGUUGCUGAUUCCGUAAGUGGCAUGAUAUGUUUGUUACCUCUUCAUUUCGUUUCUUUUUUUAUUGUCGCCUAA